AUGGAGAGAGCCCGGCCGGAGCCGCCGCGCCAACUGCCGCGGGCAGCCCCUCCGCGCCCGCUGCGCCCCGCUCCGCCGCCGCUCGACGGCGCCGCCUUUCGGGGGGCCGCGGCCGAGCCCCCCCGGUCGCCGCCCGCGCCGUGCGCCGCCGCCCUUGCGGCCGUGGCCUCGCCGUGCGGGGACGCCGCGGCGCCGGGCGUGCAGCCCGCGGCUCGGCGCCUGCUGCAGGUGAAGACGGAGCAGGUGCUGCUGCUGCCGCCGCCGUCGGCCCGGGACGACGGGCCCGCCGGGGCCCCCGCGCAGGCGCGGCUGCUGCCGCUGAGGCCCGAGCUGCUGCUGCUGCCGCCGCCGCCGCCGCCGGCGCCCCCCGACGGCGCCCCCUGCAGGCCCGACGCCCACCCGCCCGCGGCCCGGGCGCCGCCCGUCAAGGCCGAGCAGCCCGAGCCGGGGCCCGGGCCGCAGCCGGCGGGGGCGGCGCGGGCCUGCAGGGGGGCCCCCGACGGCCGCCGCGGCGGGGACGAGAAGCCGGGUCGCUGGGAGGCGGCCGACGGCCCGAGCGACGCGGCGGAAGGCGGCGGCGGCGGCGGCAUCAAGACGGAGGAGCCCGAGCGGGGCCGCGAGGACGGGCGCCCGGGCCCCGCCGAGCCCCCCGCGGCCAAUGGGCUGGCGCCCGGCGCCAAGGAGCUGCUGCUGGCCCCGCCGCCCGGCGCCUUCGGGCCGCCGCCCCCGCCGCCCCCGCCGCCGCCGCCGCCGGACCUGCGCCUCCCACUCACGCUCCAUCCAGUCCCGCCCGGGGCCCGCAUCCAGUUCCAGGGGCCGCCGCCCCCCGAGCUGAUCCGGCUGACCAAGGUCCCCCUGGCCCCGGUGCCCAUCAAGAUGCAGUCCUUGCUGGAGCCGUCGGUCAAGAUCGAGACCAAAGACGUGCCGCUCACCGUGCUGCCCUCAGACGCAGGAAUACCAGACACUCCCUUCAGUAAGGACAGAAAUGGUCAUGUGAAGCGACCCAUGAACGCGUUUAUGGUUUGGGCAAGGAUCCACCGGCCAGCACUAGCCAAAGCUAACCCAGCCGCCAACAAUGCAGAAAUCAGUGUCCAGCUCGGGCUAGAGUGGAACAAACUUAGUGAAGAGCAAAAGAAACCCUAUUAUGAUGAAGCACAAAAGAUUAAAGAAAAACACAGAGAGGAGUUUCCUGGAUGGGUUUACCAGCCUCGCCCAGGGAAGCGAAAACGCUUCCCUCUAAGUGUUUCCAAUGUGUUUUCUGGUACCACACAGAAUAUCAUCUCUACAAAUCCUACAACAGUCUACCCUUACCGCUCACCCACCUACUCUGUGGUAAUUCCCAGCCUACAGAACACCAUCACUCAUCCUGUUGGUGACGCGCCCCCGGCCAUCCAGCUGCCCACACCCGCGGUCCAGCGGCCCCGCCCCAUCACGCUCUUCCAGCCCAGCGUCUCCAGUGCUGCCCCGGUGGCCGUCCCGCCUCCCAGCCUGCCCCUGCGCCCGGCGCCCCCGCCCCAGCGCUUCGCGGGGCCCUCCCCGACGGACCCUCCCCGGCCGCACUCCGGGGCCAGCCGCCCGGUGAAGCGACCCACCCCCGUCUCCCUGGACAGCGGCAGCAGGAUCCCGGCCAGCGCCAGCACCGGCCACGCCAGAUUCGCCGCCUCCACCGUCACGCCCCCGAAGGAGUACCCCAGCGUCUCCACGUGUCCCCGGAGCGCGCCCGUGCCCCCGGCUCCGCCCCUGCCGCACUCGCACGUCUACCAGCCCCCUCCCCUGGGCCACCCGGCCACGCUGUUUGGGACACCGCCGCGGUUCUCUUUCCAUCACCCCUACUUCCUCCCUGGACCUCACUACUUCCCGUCAAGCACCUGCCCUUAUAGUCGCCCUCCCUUUGGCUACGGGAAUUUCCCAAGCUCCAUGCCAGAAUGCCUCGGUUAUUACGAAGACAGAUACCAAAAGCACGAGGCCAUGUUUUCCGCCUUAAACAGAGACUAUCCCUUUAGAGACUACCCAGAGGAACGCACGCACAGCGAGGACUCUCGGAGUUGUGAGAGCCUGGACGGGACCCCUUACUACAACAGUAACAGCCACGGUGGGGAAGAGUACCUGGGCCCCAUGCCACAGCUGGACAUGGGCGCCCUGGAGCACGUCUUCACGGCCCCGGCGGCGGCGGCUCCUUCCAGCAUCCAGAAAGUCAACGUGACCGACAGUGAUGAGGAGGAUGAAGAAAAAGUGCUCAGGAAUUUAUAAUUUAAAAAAAAACAAAAUAUGCACAGAAAAUAAACAUUUCUUAAAAUAUCUGCUGGGUCAGUUGGUGUGAGAGAGAAAGGAGAAAAAACAAAACAAAACAAAACAAAACAAAAAAGCUCUGAAUGCUUUUUUCUGGGAGUUUUCAGCCCCAGUUUGAGGAGUCCAGAGCCAAAAAAGCCAAACCCAAUUUGUGUCUUCAUAAAGUUUUGAUUAGUGAAACUGGAGUCCUGAUGUGUCAUCGUAGGAGUAUGUAAGAUAUGAAAUGGUUUAUUCUUCUGGCUGAAAUUUGCAUCCACCUUACUUAUCUUGGAACGUGCAAAAGUCCUGAAUCCUCACAGCUGCACGCGUGGGGCCGGGGCGGGGAUAUGUCUCUGGCAUGACAAGUCUGAUUUGUAUUUUAUCCCAGGAUACAUUUUUUUUUCUGGUGUGUUUAUGUAAUACUAUGGAUAUUGUCAGUUCCUCUGUAACAUUUUGAAAAUAUUUUGAUAAAUUUUUAGUAGUGAGAUUGGGACUCAGUGACUAAAUUUCAUUUACAUGAAUAACCAAUUCUCUUGCAAAUAUGUUUUCAUGGCACCUGGUGGCUGAUUCCCUCAGCUCAAUUAUUCUGUUCCUAAAUAUUUUUAAUCACCUUUUUUUUUUGCGUAA